AUGGCGGCGACUCAAGCAAAGGGGACACUUUUGCGUGUCUUACGAAACGACACGCCAGAUGAAAACCAAUAUAUACUUCUCCACACCACGCCCACGAAUGCCUCCUCGCCGCUAAACCUACAGCUGCACGCGACUGACGGGGAGUCAGCUUUUGGAUUCAAAUUGAAACAGAGUAAACUAGAUGAGCUCCGGGCCAAGUCCUACACCGGCAGUGUCGCAGAGCUGGAGAGGAUAUUUUCGGUAUUGCUGAAGAUUCCAAUCACGGAGCCACAGCUGGUCCCCAGGGGGGUUGAGAUGGCAGCUUCAGUAGAUAAGAAUUAUAUAACUCUGACUAUCCGCCAAGAUAUUGGUGGAAUCAAGCAGCGUAUCGCCGCCAUCAAGCUCCCAGAGGUAGAAGAAGACAUUCCUAUUUUCGAAUGGGCCAUCGAGAGCUGUGGUGCCGUUUCAGAUAGCUCUUCCGAGCUCAAGGACCUCCAAUCACAGCUAAAAAGCCAGGAAGAAGCGAUCCAAAAACUUACCAAACAGCUCAGCACCCUCGUAGACCUUAAAAAAGAACACGAGGAGAUGCUCCUCUCCAAGUUCGCCCUGCUCCUCAAUUCCAAGAAGAGCAAGAUCCGCGAACUAUCCCGUGCGCUAGAGGAGGCCACCGGAACCCCCACAGGCCCAGGCCCUGCUGGACCGCAAGGAUCUGUAGAAGUCAAGCCCGAGCCAGAACCUAGUCCAUCGCCGCCGCCAGCUCCUGCCCCCACCCGCGCAUCCCGUGACAAACCAAAGGCCACGAUAGCGAGUAGAAAACGCAAACCCGUCGCCCCGCCCAGCGAGUCAGACUCCGAUGGUUUCGUAAAAAUGAAGGUCGACAAAGGGAAGUCCGUUGCACCGCCGCCAAGUGAUAAAACAGAGGAUACGGAAGAUUCUGAAGAGGCGUUUACACUGAUAAAGACGCCGGAGGAAUCCCAGACGCAGGUAGGGGAUACGGUGGAGGAAGAUGAGGAGGAGGAGCAGCCCACGGUGAGAGGGAGAGGUGGAAGAGGGCGAGGUAGGGGAAGAGGUAGAGGUAGAGGCAAGGCAGAGGCACCGGCAAGGAAGCAGCCGGCAAGGACAAAGAAGGAAGAGAGUCCAGUCGUGGAACUCCCGGAAAUAAACGAAUCAUCAGGAGGGACAGAUGACGAUGAGUUGUGA